ACGUCGCAAUGAGGGACAACAUCGCAGUUUUCCUGCUAUUUUUGAUUUAAAAGUGUCGUUUCCAGGUACGGACAUGAGGCGGAACCAGACGUUUUGACUCCCGCCGUCCGCCGCGUGUGCUGUCCGGGCCGAGCGCGCUGUUUGCGACGAUGGACCCCGUGGUGCUGAGCUUCCAGGACAGCCUGCUGCGGCGCUCCGACGUCUCGCUGCUGGAAGGACCGCACUGGCUCAACGACCAGGUCAUCGGCUUCGCCUUCGAGUACUUCGCCGCCGAGCGCUUCCGAGUCCUGCGGGAGGCGCUCAUCUUCAUCAGCCCGGAGGUCACGCAGUUCAUCAAGUGCGCGUCGUGCCCUGACGAGCUGGCCGUCUUCCUGGAGCCGCUGGACCUGGCGUCGCGCCGCUGGGUCUUCCUGGCUGUCAACGACAACUCGGACCAGACGGCAGGCGGCUCGCACUGGAGCCUGCUGCUCUACCACCGCGGCUCCAACCGCUUCGCCCACUACGACUCUCAGAACGGCGCCAACUCGCUGCACGCGCGCCGCAUCGCCGCCAAGCUGGAGCCCUUCCUGGGCGCCGGCAGGAAGGCGCCGUUCGUGGAGGAGCCGUGCCCGUCGCAGCAGAACAGCUACGACUGCGGCAUGUACGUGAUCUGCAUCGCCGAGGCGCUGUGCGAGAAGGCGCGGGCGGAGGCCUCGCCGCGCCUCCCCGGCCACACCAUCACCCCGGCCUACAUCACGCAGAAGAGGGCCGAGUGGCGCCGGCUGAUCCAGGGCCUGGCCCAGAACGACCUCUGCUGCUCGCUGUCCCUCCCUUAAGCACGCCGCCGUAUCGGCGUCGGCCGCCGGAGAACCUGAAUGCACUCCGUCAGUAAAAACACCCCGAUGAUAAAGAACCUAACCCUCUCCAGAAUAGAGCCGCAGGUCCGGACAGGUGCAGUGGUUGAAGCAGUUCCACCUCCAUGCAGCAGGUGGCAGUAACAAGUCACUGGUUAGCUCGCUAACUUCAUCCUAAUAGCGCCACACAGACAGAGUGGAUUCUCUUCGGGCCCCGUUUACACAACUCAGUGUUUCCAUAAUAACAAUCCAACAUGGUGGUCUGUCCGUUCGAAGUUGCACCCAAAACGCCGACCGCAUCAUUUUCAAAGUGCCGUCAGGUAAAGUCCAAACUUUUCUCAAUCGAAACCAAACGUCGAGGUGUAAACGGGGCCUUGUUUAAAAUUUCGCACCUGUAAAAAGUGACAUACUGUACCUUUAACGAUCGAGGUGUCAUGUUUCUCCUGCACAUUCAGCCCCGAGCACCAGCAUGCCUCCAGCACGACCUUUAACCCCUGCUUCCCUUCCCGGAUGGACUCAGAGAGGACGCUUCUGGAACAAGGAAGACUCAGACUUUCAGUUUUUCUCUCUUGGUUUUCUCAGCUUGGAGCGAAUGUAGAAAUGUUUACAGAUUAUUGCUCAGGGUCGUUUUAAAACUGAACUAAAUUGACAAGAAGAAUGUGCAUCUUGAACUCUGGCUCCGCCCUCAUGUCACAUCUGUGCUGCUCAUCCGUUCGAACCCAACGCCGUCGUGGUGGAGGAGCGGAAUGACUUCUGCGCGUGUGUGUGUGUGUGUGUGUGUGUGUGUGUUAGAGGACUUGUAAAUGUCUGUUUUUCCCUCCUAUAUCAUUGAAUUUUGCCAGUUAGUUUCCUAAACUGUCUAACUCGCGGGCUUUAAUUUUUUUUUUCUUUUAUUUCUAAUUUUCUCAACUGCUCUCGUCUUUGGGUUAAAAAUGGCGGAAGAAGGUAAAACUGCCCGAAUUAAUAAUUUUUUUUAAAAUGGGAAACAAUAAAAAAAUAGGUAAAACUACUGAAAAAUUAAAUAUUUAAAAAGAAAAACAAGAAGAAGACAGAAAAAUGAUUUAAAAAAAAGGAAGCAAAAUUUAUCUAAAAAUAAAAUUUAAUAAAAAAAAAAAAGGCCAGUGAGGAGAGACAUUUCCAGGUCUUCACAACACACACACACACACACUCUUGCAUUAAUCCAAAACACACAUUCACUCAAGUGUUCACACAGAAGUCGGUAUCGACCUCGGUAUGGGAGAGAAGGACGGCGUGCGCAGUGUGAACCACAUGCUGAAGUGGAAUGUACUUUAUGUUCACAAUCUAUAUAAACUUCUCCAUUAAGUUAAUAAAAGUCAC